AUGCGGACAGUGUGUUUCGCUGUGGAGAAGAUAUUGUACGUGAUCAUCGCCGUCAUUGGAGUUCCAGUGAAUUUAGUGGCGAUUGUCAUCCUGACCCGGGGAAAGUGCGGCCUCUCCUUCUGCACCACGCGGUACCUGGUGGCCAUGGCAGCGGAGGAUCUACUGCUCAUUAUCACUGAGGUCGUUUUGUAUCAACUCAAUUACCAUUAUUUUCCCGUUUGUUUCCUGAACGUCACCUCUGUGUGCACUGUUCUCCGUGUCCUGUCCCGCAUUGCCGUGAACUGUUCCGUCUGGUUCUCCGUCACUUCCACCUUCGACCGAUUUGUCGGUAUUUGUUGUCAGAAAUUGAAGACAAAGUACUGCACGGGGAGAACGGCGGCCGUGGUUCUAGCGCCAUCUAGCGUUCUGUUCUGUCUGAAAAACGGUCCACUCUAUUUCACUUACAGAGAGAUCAUUAACAAUGUACCAUGGUUCUGUUAUCCGAAGCCAAGUUACUUCACUCAACCGGCGUGGGUGGCGUAUGACUGGCUUGACAUCGUUUUAACUCCGUUCCUCCCAUUCGGCGUGAUUUUGCUGCUAAACGCUUUGACCAUCAGACACAUUUUAGUGCCAGUCGGCUUCAUCCUCCUGUGGCUGACAAAUGCUGCAGAAUUUAUCUACUAUCACAUCACGGGGAUAGGGACACAGGGGAAUGACUGGGAAAUUAUUUUCGCCUAUGCCGGAUAUUUGCUAAGGAAUUUCAGCUGCUGCACGAACACAUUCAUCUAUGCCGCCACUCAGUCCAGAUUCCGGGAGCAGGUGAAAAGCGCGGUGAAAUAUCCGUUCGUUUCAGUACUCCGGUUCAUUAACAGAGUUUCCUAA